AUGAUUGAUCCUAUGCAAGCUUUCGAUAUGGAGGGUUUUAAGAAGGCGACCUCUUCUCUUUUGAUCCCAACAAGUACUCCUACUCCUACUCCUACUCCAUCGGUGGCUCCAAUCCCAUCUGUUGUUCCCAAUGUUCCAACAUAUGAGACCAUUGGCUCUUCAGGAAAGACAACUCUCUGGGUUGUCUUUGUGAUCAUGUUCCUCUCCACCCUUACCUUUUCCUACUUGGCUUGGAGAGUACCAGUUCAAAAACGUCUCUUUCAUGUUCUUACCGCAUUCAUCACUCUCUUCGCCACUCUCUCAUACUAUGCCAUGGCAAUUGGUGAUGGAAAUGCCCUUACACACAUAAUCGUUCGGGAAGUACACAACCAUACCCCAGAUACUUUUGAACAUGUCUACCGACAAGUGUUCUGGGCUCGUUACGUCGAUUGGAGUUUGACGACACCUCUUCUCCUUCUCGAUCUUUCGUUCCUUGCUGGUCUCAACGGGGCCAACAUCCUUGUCGUUAUUGUCGCUGAUCUCGUCAUGGUCUUGACUGGUCUCUUUGCUGCGUACCACAACGAUGGAGCUGCCAAGUGGGGUUGGUAUGCCAUGGGAUGUGUGGCCUUAUUGGUCAUCAUGUACCAAAUGAUCAUUCCCGGUCGUCGUGCCGUUUCCACCAAGGAUGCGAAGACAUCGAAGCUUUUCGUCUCUAUUGCAGCUUACACUUUGAUUAUCUGGACCCUCUACCCAGUUGUCUGGGGUAUUGGUGAUGGAUCCCGCACCUGGUCGGUUGAUGCUGAGGUCAUUGCUUAUGCUGUCCUGGAUGUCUUGGCCAAGCCUGUCUUUGGUCUUUGGCUCUUGUUGGCUCAUGGUAGCAAUGUCGCUACAUCUGUUGAUGGAUGGUGGAGCCAUGGUUUGUCCAGCGAGGGUUCUAUCCGCAUCGAAGAUGAUGAGGGUGCUUAA